CACAAUCACAGGAAAGACUCACGCUAGUUAUAUUAUUCCAUUAUAAACCUGAAGUUAGAUACAUCAGAAGAGUUGGCGCAGUUUGAAAGCUCUACAGACUAUUUACCAGCAUUAUCCCGACAAGCAAAGUGAUCAUUGAAGAUCGUGUGAGGACCACAGCUCAGGACUCCAACAGGACCCUGCAGGAUCUCGCAGUCGCCUCUGUGCAGGACCAACCAUGGCUGCAGGGAGAAGCAGAAAGAUGAUAUUUCUGGCCCUUAUCCUGAUGUUUAUCCUCAGCAAAUAUGCUGUAUAUCAGUGGUUUAUGAAAUGGUUCAAUGACAAGUCAAGGCUUGGUACUGAGCGUGGGGACGUCAGGGUCCUGAUGUGGCACUGGCCAUUUAAACAGAACCAGCCCCUGCAGGAGGACAUUUGCAGGACAAAAUACCAUGUUUCUGGCUGCCACCUGGUGGACAACCGCAGUCUGUACCAUCAGGCUGACGUGGUGGUCUUUCACAACCGUGAGCUACAAACAGGAAUAUCCAGGCUGCCCCUUGACCAGCCUCGUCCGACAGCCCAAAAGUGGGUGUGGCUCUCCCUAGAGUCUCCACCCCAUAAUGGGAACCUGAGACCUUAUGGGGGCCUCUUCAACUGGACCAUGACAUACCGGCGUGAUGCAGAUAUCUUCAUACCUUAUGGGGAGCUGGUUCCUAGGACCACUGAAGGUAAUUAUACUAUCCCCACUAAGCAUACACUGGCCUGCUGGGUGGUCAGCAACUACCAGCCGACCCACAAGAGAACUAAGAUGUACCAGAGUCUGAAGAAGCUGAUCCCUGUGGAGGUUUAUGGACGCUGGGCUAAGAAGCCACUAAAUUCUGACCAGCUGUUACCCACUAUUUCUCGAUGCUACUUCUACCUGGCCUUUGAGAACUCUGUCUACAGAGACUACAUAACAGAGAAGCUGUGGUACAACGCCUUCCUGGCCGGCAGUGUGCCGGUUGUACUGGGCCCACCCCGAGCUAACUAUGAGGCCUUCAUUCCCAAAGACUCCUUCAUCCAUGUGGACGACUUCAACUCUACUGAAAAGCUGGCCGAUUUCCUGAAGCAGCUGGCCUCAGACAAAGAGCGAUAUGGGUCAUACUUCCGUUGGAGGCGUGACUAUGAUGUGAAACUGUGGUCUGACUGGAGGGAGAUGCUCUGUACAAUAUGUAUUCAGUAUGAAGACCUGCCUACCAGCAAGGUCUACAACAACCUGGAUACCUGGUCCAAGGAAGAUCCAUGAGGACCACCUUUACACAGAGAACAUGCCAGAGACUGCAGCUGCAUUCCAAUAUGGAAAUAAAAAUAAAAUGAUGUAUUUUACCUUUUUCAGAUCAGCAUAUUCCAUGCUAUACAUUUAUUCAGUGCUAAUUCAUUAAAGCAUCCUCUGACCUUAACCUGUCAUUAUACAUAUUUUCUAACCAUUAAAAAAGCCAAAGCAUCCAUCCA